AUACUCAAAAUUAAAUAGGAUAAUACAAGAUGGAUUUAUUCAUCAUUGUACAACACUGGGGUGCAAAACGAGAUUUAGUUGCAGUUCCCUUUUUGUCUACUCACAAAAACAAAAAGCAAACGUUAUAUACAAAAAUUAAAUACAGUAGAUCGGUGAAUAAAUAAGUCAUAGAAAUAAAACUAUUUUACAUGGAGGAGUGUACAUGGGGAAUAAUUAGUGUCUUUAUUAUUAUUAAAACAAAGACAAGUGUGUUUACAGUGCGGUUUCAUUUACUAUUUAAUAGACAAGCCGUGUCAAUACAAUGCAGAUCAGUUCACUAACAUCAAUAAAAUGAGACUCAAAAAGUGUACGGCUCAUUUGACCCAGAGGAAAUUCUCGAGAGUUGCAUUACAAACGGAUUGACCUUCUUUUUCUCACCGAAAUUGCUAAAUCCCCAAAAAAAUCAGCAAAUUGCAGCCUAAAAAUAAAGGAAAAUAUUACAAGUGUGUAGGCCGCAUCUUCACUGCCUCGGCUGCCGACUAAACAGGCACAAACAGCCAGACUCUGUUCCAUCCGCACAGACAAAUGACGCGUUUUCCAUCACUGGUAUAAAUAAUCAGCAUCAUUCUCCGUCAGCAGCCGAGACCCGCAGUUCAGACCCUCUCUGGUGCACUAAACAGUCCACUAUGCGCUCUUCAACGUGCGACGGUGUGAUGCGCGCCAGGCUCUCCACCAAGUAACGGAAGCUCUCCAGACUCUUCGAGUUUACCAACAAUGGAGGGCACAAACAACACGACGGCCUGGUCUGAGUUUGACAACCCUUCCAACAAGACCCCCAAACCUGAAGACGAGGAGGUGAAGCUGAGUUAUCAAGUGGUCACAUCUUUUCUGCUGGGCGCGCUCAUCCUGUGCGCAAUAUUUGGGAACGCUUGCGUGGUUGCAGCCAUCGCCUUGGAGCGGUCUCUCCAGAAUGUGGCCAACUACCUGAUCGGUUCUCUGGCUGUCACCGACCUGAUGGUGUCGGUGCUGGUGCUGCCCAUGGCGGCGCUUUACCAGGUGUUAAACCGGUGGACUCUUGGGCAGGUCCCGUGCGACAUCUUCAUCUCUCUGGAUGUGUUGUGCUGCACGUCGUCCAUCCUGCACCUGUGCGCCAUCGCUCUGGACAGAUACUGGGCGAUAACCGAGCCCAUAGACUACAUGAAGAAGAGGACGCCGAGGAGAGCCGCCGUCCUCAUCAGUGUCACCUGGCUCGUCGGAUUCUCCAUCUCAGUGCCGCCAAUGUUAAUCAUGCGCUCCCAGCCCAGCAGCAUGGCAGAGGACAGGGCGAACCCCAAGCAGUGUAAGAUCAGGCAAGACCCCUGGUACACAAUAUACUCUACAUUCGGGGCUUUUUACAUCCCGCUCACGCUGAUGCUGGUUUUAUAUGGGCGGAUAUUCAAAGCGGCCAGGUUUCGGAUCAGGAGGACGGUGCGUAAAACGGAGAAAAAGAAAGUGUCCGACUCUUGCUUGGCGUUAUCCCCCGUCCUGUUCCACAAAAAGACUCCCGGAGACGCGCAGGGCAAGAGCUGGAAAAGGAGCGUGGAGCCCCGGCCGCUGCCGAGCGUCAACGGCGCGGUGAAACACGCGGAGGACGGCGAGUCUCUGGAGAUCAUCGAAGUUCACAGCAACUCCAAAGGCAACCUGCCGCUGCCCAACACCCCGAGCUGCGUGCCGCUGUUCGAGAGCAGGCACGAGAAGGCGACCGAGGCGAAGAGAAAGAUCGCGCUGGCACGGGAGCGCAAAACGGUGAAGACUCUGGGCAUCAUCAUGGGCACCUUCAUCCUCUGCUGGCUGCCCUUCUUCAUCGUCGCCCUGGUCAUGCCUUUUUGCCAGGAGUCGUGCUACAUGCCCCGCUGGCUGGAGGAUGUCAUUAACUGGCUGGGCUACUCCAACUCUUUACUCAACCCCAUCAUUUACGCGUACUUCAACAAAGACUUUCAGAGCGCUUUCAAGAAAAUAAUCAAGUGUCAUUUCUGCAGACCGUGAUGGUCCUGCAGGAGAAAAGAGGAGCAGCUUUAAAAAAACAACAACAGCCUAUAAAAGUGGCACAAAGAGAUUGUUCUGAAUACAGAAUGAUGCUAAAACUGAAAAGAGGGCUCAUAAUGAUUACUGUCGAUCAUCACCAUCGUUAUCAGUAUUGAAAUAUUCCCAGAGAUGUCCGUAGCCUAUGCAUAGAUAAAGCUGUGAUCGUUUGAUUGAAGCUCCAUGUUCCUCAUCCUGUUCUGAAAUGUUCAAUAAAGAAAUACUUUGUAAUAA